AUGCCCAUACUCUUCUGCCCCUACUGUGCCAACAUGCUGAUACUGUCCCGCAUGGAGACAGGCGGCAACAGGCUCGAGUGCCGCACCUGCCCCUAUCAACAUCCGAUCGAGAUGCCUAUCUACUCGCGGAAGCACUUCACGCGCCGCGAGAAAGAAGAUGUAUUCGGCGGACCAGGUGCAUGGGACAAUGCGCAAAAGGGCCGUGUGCAGUGUCCGACGGCAGAUUGCCCCGGUGAUGAGGCUGCCUUCUUCCAGGUUCAAAUUCGCAGUGCUGAUGAGCCGAUGACCACGUUCUAUAAGUGCAUGACUUGUGGUCACAGAUGGAGAGAAAACUGA